GACCUGGACCUGGACCUGGACCUGGACCUGGACCUGGACCUGGACCUGGACCUGGACCUGGACCUGGACCUGGACCCAGCUGUGUGUCAAUAAAGAGUGACUGGUCGAUGCACGAACCAAUGCGUUUUCAAAGACAAUCUUCAAAGAAAAUACAAGUAGAGACUAUACUAGCAAGGUGGAAGCUGGAAGAACCUGAACCCAGCUGUGUGUCCAUGAAGAGUGACUGGUCUAUGGGUCAUCCUUAUAAAUUCAAAGAAGGACAUCACUCUGAUGGUCAAAGCCCAGAGCAGCAUGGACCUGGACCUGGACCUGGACCUGGACCUGGACCUGGACCUGGACCCAGCUGUGUGUCAAUAAAGAGUGACUGGUCGAUGCACAAACCAAUGCGUUUUCAAAGACAAUCUUCAAAGAAAAUACAAGUAGAGACUAUACUAGCAAGGUGGAAGCUGGAAGAACCUGAACCCAGCUGUGUGUCCAUGAAGAGUGACUGGUCUAUGGAUCAUCCUUAUAAAUUCAAAGAAGGACAUCACUCUGAUGGUCAAAGAGAGGACCAGCAGAGCUCAGAGGUUCCCAGAGGUCAGUCUGCCCAGCAGCAUCAGACACAGCUGGACUCCAUAUUUAUGCUGCUGGAGGAGAACAUCAUCACUUUUGUGAAGAAUGAACUGAAGAAGAUCCAGAAGGCUCUGAGUUCAGAUUACCCAGAAUUCUUAGAGAGUCAGAGGGAGGAUGAGGAGGUGUUGGACGUGGAGGAUGAAGAGCAGAGGAGGAGCAGCAGAGAGGCAUUUCUGAACAUCACACUGCACUUCCUGAGGAGCAUGAAGCAGGAGGAGCUGGCUGACCGUCUGCAGAGCAGGCUAAUUACUGGAGUGUGUCAGCGUAAACUUAAAUCCACCCUGAAGGAGAGGUUCCAGUGUGUGUUUGAGGGCAUUGCUAAAGCAGGAAACCCAACCCUUCUGAACCAGAUCUACACAGAGCUCUACAUCACAGAGGGGGGGUCUGCAGAGGUCAAUGAUGAACAUGAGGUCAGACAGAUUGAAACAGCAUCCAGGAAACCAGACAGACCAGAAACAACCAUCAGACAAGAAGACCUCUUUAAAGCCUCACCUGGAAGAGAUGCACCAAUCAGAGCAGUGAUGACAACGGGCGUGGCUGGCAUUGGGAAAACAGUCUUAACACAGAAGUUCACUCUGGACUGGGCUGAAGGCAAAGCCAACCAGGACAUCCAGUUCACAUUUCCAUUCACCUUCAGAGAGCUGAAUGUGGUGAGAGAGAACAAGUACAGCUUGGUGGAACUUGUUCAUCACUUCUUCUCUGAAACCAGAGACGCAGGAAUCUGCAGGUUUGAUCAGUUCCCGGUCGUGUUCAUCUUUGACGGUCUGGAUGAGUGUCGACUUCCUCUGGACUUCCACAACACUGAGAUCCUGACUGACGUCACAGAGUCCACCUCAGUGGAUGUGCUGCUGACAAACCUCAUCAAGGGGAAGCUGCUUCCCUCUGCUCGCCUCUGGAUAACCACACGACCUGCAGCAGCCAAUCAGAUCCCUCCUGAGUGUGUGGACAUGGUGACAGAGGUCCGAGGGUUCACUGACCCACAGAAGGAGGAGUACUUCAGGAAGAGAUUCAGAGAUCAGGAGCAGGCCGGCACCAUCAUCUCCCACAUCAAGACCUCACGAAGCCUCCACAUCAUGUGCCACAUCCCAGUCUUCUGCUGGAUCUCUGCUACAGUUUUGGAGGAGGUAUUGAAAACCAGAGAGGGAGGAGAGCUGCCCAAGACCCUGACUGAGAUGUACAUCCACUUCCUGGUGGUUCAGUCCAAAGUGAAGAACAUCAAGUAUGAUGGAGGAGCUGAGACAGAUCACCACUGGAACAAAAAGAGCAGGAAGAUGAUGGAGUCUCUGGGAAAACUGGCUUUUGAGCAGCUGCAGAAAGGCAACCUGAUCUUCUAUGAGUCCGACCUGACAGAGUGUGGCAUCGAUAUCAGAGCAGCCUCAGUGUACUCAGGAGUGUUCACACAGGUCUUUAGAGAGGAGAGAGGACUGUACCAGGACAAGGUGUUCUGCUUCGUCCAUCUGAGCGUUCAGGAGUUUCUGGCUGCUCUUCAUGUGCAUCGAAAAUGUAUAAAUUCUCGUAUGAACCUGCUGUCAGAAGAAGCAACAACCUCCAGGCGGCCUAAAGUCUUCAGACCCAAACCUGAAUUAACACAUCUCUACCAGAGUGCUGUGGACCAGGCCUUACAGAGUCCAAACGGACACCUGGACUUGUUCCUCCGCUUCCUCCUGGGUCUUUCACUGGAGACCAAUCAGAAACUCCUACGAGGCCUGCUGACACAGACAGGAAGUAGCUCAGAGACUGAAGAGGAAACAGUCCAGUACAUCAAGAAGAAGAUGGAUGAGGAUCUGUCUCCAGAGAGAAGCAUCAACCUGUUCCACUGUCUGAAUGAACUGAAUGAUCAUUCUCUGGUGGAGCAGAUCCAAGAGUCCCUGAGUUCAGGAAGUCUCUCCACAGAUAAUCUGUCUCCUGCUCAGUGGUCAGCUCUGGUCUUCAUCUUACUGUCAUCAGGAGAAGAUCUGGACGUGUUUGACCUGAAGAAAUACUCUGCUUCAGAGGACGCUCUUCUGAGGCUGCUGCCAGUGGUCAAAGCCUCCAACAAAGCUCUACUGAGUGGCUGUAAACUGUCAGAGAGAAGCUGUGAAGCUCUGUCCUCAGUCCUCAGCUCCCAGUCCUCUAGUCUGAGAGAGCUGGACCUGAGUAACAACGACCUGCAGGAUUCAGGAGUGAAGCUGCUGUCUGCUGGACUGGAGAGUCCACACUGUACACUGGAGACUCUCAGACUGAGUGGCUGUAAGCUGUCAGAGAGAAGCUGUGAAGCUCUGUCCUCAGUCCUCAGCUCCCAGUCCUCUAGUCUGAGAGAACUGGACCUGAGUAACAACGACCUGCAGGAUUCAGGAGUGAAGCUGCUGUCUGCUGGACUGGAGAGUCCACACUGUACUCUGGAGACUCUCAGACUGAGUGUCUGUAACCUCUCAGAGAGAAGCUGUGAAGCUCUGUCCUCAGUCCUCAGCUCCCAGUCCUCUAGUCUGAGAGAGCUGGACCUGAGUAACAACGACCUGCAGGAUUCAGGAGUGACACUGCUGUCUGCUGGACUGGAGAGUCCUCCCUGUACUCUGGACACUCUCAGAUUGAGUGGCUGUAACCUCUCAAAGAGAAGCUGUGAAGCUCUGUCCUCAGUCCUCAGCUCCCAGUCCUCUAGUCUGAGAGAGCUGGACCUGAGUAACAACGACCUGCAGGAUUCAGGAGUGAAGCUGCUGUCUGCUGGACUGGAGAGUCCACACUGUACGCUGGAAUCUCUCAGUCUGUCAGGCUGUCUGGUCACAGAGGAAGGCUGUGUUUCUCUGACUUCAGCUCUGAGAUCCAACCCCUCCCAUCUGAGAGAGCUGGACCUGAGCUACAAUCAUCCAGGAGACUCAGGAGAGAAGCUGCUGUCUGCUGGACUGGAGGAUCCACUCUGGAGACUGGACGCCCUCAGGAUGGAGCCUGGUGGAGUCCGAUGGUUGAGACCCGGUCUGAGGAAGUAUUCCUGUGAACUCUCACUCGACACAAACACAGCACACAGACAACUCAAACUGUCUGACAACAACAGGAAGGUGACAUGUGUGGAGGUGGAGCAGCCAUAUCCUGAUCAUCCAGAGAGGUUUGAUUACUGGCGUCAGCUGAUGUGCAGAGAAGCUCUGACUGGUCGCUGUUACUGGGAGGUCGAGUGGAGAGGAGGGGUUACUAUAUCAGUGACUUACAGAGGAAUCAGGAGGAGAGGCGCCAGUGAUGACUGUUUGUUUGGAGGGAAUGAUCAGUCCUGGAGUCUGAUCUGCUCUGAUGGUCGUUACUCUGUCAGGCACAAUAAGAGAGAAACACACAUCUCCUCCUCCUCCUCCUCCUCCUCCUCCUCCUCUCGUAGAGUAGCAGUGUAUCUGGAUCAUCCUGCUGGCUCUCUCUCCUUCUACAGAGUCUUCUUUAACAGACUGACCCUCCUCCACACCUUCAGAACCACAUUCACUGAACCUCUUUAUGCUGGGUUUGGGUUUACAGUUUGGUCUGGUUCCUCAGUGUCUCUGUGUCCUCUGUAGGAGGAAGAGUCUCCUCCUGUUCCAGAAACGUCCUCCCUGCUGCCCAGAUAGUUCAGUCUGUACAGGAUCACAGCUGAU